GGUGAGGGGUGCUGCUGACUUCUGGAGCUGACCGGAGCUUGCAGAAAUGGCUUCAGAUCUUCUCCUUGGGCCACCUGGUGUGUGGCCCGAUCCCCAGAAGGAGCUGCCUGGGGUUGCCAUGAGAGAGACCUUGGAGGCCCUCAGCUCCCUGGGAUUCUCUGUGGGACAGCCAGAGAUGGCCCCCCAAAGUGAGCCUGGGGAAGGCUCCCACAAUGCCCAGGAGCAGAUGUGCCCUCCCAGGGAAGAGAGAGCGCCGGGCUCCUCUUCCUGUUCGGGGCACAAGGCCCCCAGACUGGAGGAAGAUGCCCACCCUGAACAGGCUGAGGCUCCCUGCAGAGGAAGCCAGGCACACACACCACGGAAGGCUGAGCCUGUGGGCUCCUGCCCAGGAGAGGAGUGGAUGAUUCGGAAGGUGAAGGUGGAGGAAGAGGAUCAGGAGGCAGAAGACAGAGUCGAAUGGCCCCAGCAUCUGUCCUUACUGCCCGGCCCCUUUCCCACACCUGACCUGGGGCCUCUGGCCGCCGCUUAUAAGCUGGAGCCGGGGAUCCCCGGGGCCCUGGGCGGGCUCUCGCUGGCUGGGUGGACUCCUGCCUCAGAGAAGCCCUAUGGCUGCGCCGAGUGCGAGCGGCGGUUCAGGGACCAGCUGACCUUGCGGCUGCAUCAGAGGCUCCACCGGGGCGAGCGGCCGUUCCCGUGCUCCGAGUGCGACAAGCGCUUCAGCAAGAAGGCCCACCUGACCCGCCACCUGCGCACGCACACGGGCGAGCGGCCGUACCCGUGCACGGAGUGCGGCAAGUGCUUCAGCCAGAAGAUACACCUGGGCUCGCACCAGAAGACGCACACGGGCGAGCGGCCCUUCCCCUGCACCGAGUGCGAGAAGCGCUUUCGCAAAAAGACGCACUUGAUCCGCCACCAGCGCAUCCACACGGGCGAGAGGCCCUACCAGUGCGCGCAGUGCUCACGCAGCUUCACGCACAAGCAGCACUUGGCGCGGCACCAAAGGGUGCACGAGGCGGCCUGCCGCGCCCCGCUGUCUUCCGAUGUGCCCGCCCCUCCGGGUUCUCCUGCCCAGACCCUGACCCCUUCCCCUCCGGGACCUAAGCCUUUCGUCUGCUCUGAUUGCGGACUGAGCUUCGGCUGGAAGAAGAACCUCGCCACGCACCAGCGUCUGCACGGCAGCGAGGGGCGCCCCUUUGGAUGUGACGAGUGCACACUGGGCGGUGCCACCGAACCCUUGGCCUGCGGGGAUCGCUGCACACAGGCGCCCCAGGGCGCUCCCGCCAGCGAGCGGUCCUUUUCCUGCCCAGACUGUGGACGCGGCUUUGCCCACGGGCAGCACCUAGCGCGGCAUCGGAGGGUGCACACGGGCGAACGACCCUUCUCCUGCGCGCAGUGUGGCCGUCGCUUCGGCUCGCGGCCAAAUCUGGUCGCCCAUUCUAGGGCCCAUAGCGGCGCCAGGCCUUUCGCCUGUGCGCAGUUCCAAGCGGGUGAGCACUGUGGCAGGAUGGCCUAGGCCCUGACGGCUGUUUUUCGUUCCUCUCCAUCUUGCUGGGGAGACAUCCGGAAAGGAUAACCAGCUUUAACAUUCUGUAACAAAGUGCUGAGUGAACCCUUGCUGGGAAUAAUUCCUGCCUGCAUCCUUGGAAGGCUCCCACCAAGAGAAGCCCUGGAAAGCUGAAGUUCCCCGGACCACCCCUAGCCAAGUCAGGAACCUCUACAGGGGGAGGGAAAGAAUGGUUAUCUGAGUACUUACAGUGUCAUUAAAAUUUAAAUCUGAAGUUU